UAUGCAAUUAAGAAAUGUGAUAAUAAUACUAGUAAAGAUUUUGAUAAACAGUUUGCAUCAUAUAUAUUAGAUUAUAAGAUAAUGAGAGAUGCUUAUAAAAAAGAUAUACAAACUGCUAAAGCUACAUGUGAUACUCAAUUGUUUCAAACAAUUAAAUAUUGUUUUCAAGUUAAAAAUUAUACUAAAAACUCUGUCAAUUGUAGUUUUGGACUAACAAAGCAAGAAUAUGCUAGAUUUGAAAUUUGGUGCAUUGAUCAACUAGCUGAUAUAAUUGAUAGAAGUGCAAAAAAUAAUAUUGCAAUAAAUUUGAAAAACUAUAUAGAACCAUUUCGUGAUUAA